UCCAGGGACUCUCUGCGGGCUGGACCGGCGCGAACGCAACUUCCGGUCCGACGGAGCGGCGGCUGGAGCGGCUUGAGACCAGGUUCCCAGGCGUCGCUUUUGGCGGCCGCGCGAGCGGGGCCAUGUGGCGGCUGCUGAGUGGCGCCCGCGCGCCCCUCCUGCGAGCGACCCUGUCAGAUUCGUGGGCAGCGCUGCCCGCCCGUGCCGGCCUGAAGACGCUGCUCCCGGUGCCAACGUUUGAAGAUGUCUCCAUUCCUGAAAAGCCCAAGCUUAGAUUUGUUGAAAGGGCACCACUUGUGCCAAAAGUGCGAAGAGAGCCUAAAAACCUGCGUGACAUACGAGGUCCGUCCACGGAAGCCACUGAGUUCACAGAAGGCAGUUUUGCGAUCUUGGCACUGGGUGGCGGUUACCUCCAUUGGGGGCAUUUUGAAAUGAUGCGCCUGACAAUCAACCGCUUCAUGGACCCCAAGAACAUGUUUGCCUUAUGGCGAGUACCAGCCCCAUUCAAGGCCAUCACCCGCAAGGGUAUGGGGCAGCGCAUGGGGGGCGGCAAGGGUGCCAUCGACCACUACGUGACUCCUGUGAAGGCGGGCCGCCUCAUAGUCGAGGUGGGCGGGCGCUGCGAAUUCCAGGAGGUACAAGGCAUCCUUGACCAAGUUGCCCACAAGUUGCCUUUCCCUGCUAAGGCCGUGAGCCGUGAGACUCUAGAGAAGAUGCAGAAAGACCAAGAGGAGCGAGAACGGAACAACCAGAACCCCUGGACCUUUGAGCGCAUCGCCACCGCCAACAUGCUGGGGAUACGGAAAGUGCUGAGCCCCUACGACCUGACCCACCAGGGGCGGUACUGGGGCAAGUUCUACAUGCCUGAGCGCGUGUAGUGAGGCUCAGGAGCGGGAACCCGUGCCUUUGUGCCCGUAAGCCAGCCCUUCGGGUCUUUAGGUACCUCCGAUGUCAUAACCGAGGAGCGGCAUGUGAACGGAUGCUCUGAAAAACUGUAAAUCACCCGUCAGAUUCUUAAGUGUAUUAUAUUAAAGUGUGAGCAUCAGCUCAAGAUGAUGUAACUUCUCGUUGGUCACUCAGUCCCUUAAAGGAUGAAGAACCAGACCUGAUUGGUUCUCAACUGGAAGAGGAAUGUCUUCAAGGCUAAAUCACAUGCUUCCUUUUCUACCUCUGAUACAAGUCAACCUUUUACGUACACACUUCAGAAGCUAGUUUUUAUGGCACUUUACUAGUUACAAACUUUUACUGUUUCUGGAAAAACAAGAAAAACAGCAGUACACAGAAUACUUGACUCAACAUAUUUAUUUAUGCCCAGCUACCCAUCUUCUCUCAGUCAUGGAAGGGGGGAUGUUGGACAGUGUGGCAAGAGACAUACCCUUGCCUUUUAGCAAAAGGAACUGAUAGAAAAGCUGAAUGGUGUGGUCUUUCCUAGGCCUGAAACCCUCUGAGGCUGGAGGGUGUCUGGCUCUGCGUCUGCUGCCCGGUGCUCAGAUCCCUAUUGCUGAAUGAGCAAGGGCCCUGGGUCAUUCAAAGGCCCAUGGUUCCAGCUCCGUGUUUGCCUUGAACAAAGUUCAUCUGUUUUUCAGAGCUAGCUAGUAGUGGUUUCUAUCCUGUAUGCAAACCAAAGGAGAUACAGAUUGACAGAAAUAUUAAACCAUUUGCUUUGAAAGUGGGCAGAAAACA